AUGGCAGCCAAGGUCAACUUGAAGGAGCCUAUGCUGAAGCGUGCAAACUCGCCACAGCCGGAAGGAUUCGGCCUUUUUUCUCAAGGGGCCAUGUUCCCGGACGCCGAUAAGAUGAAAGACAAGAUCCGUGCCACUCUCUUCGCCCCCGAGUACGACCCUGAGGCUAUCUACAAGACGACUGGCAGGUGCCAGGCAAUCGCGCGCGACGCAACCUUCAAGUCUAUCACGAUGAUGGUGAUUAUCGCGAACGCCUUGUGGAUUGGCAUCGACACGGAUUUGAACAGUGCAGAGCUUGAGAUUGAGUCCCCGGCAAUCUUCCAGAUCGUGGACAACGCCUUCUGCUUCUUCUUCACCUUUGAGAUCACUGUUCGCUACUUUGCCUUUCAGAACAGGAAGGAUGCCUUCAAGGACUUCAGUUUUUGCUUCGACUUGUGCUUGGUGGCUACCAUGAUUUGGGAGGUUUGGGUGACGACGCUCGUGGUGAUCUUGCUGAUGAGCGCCGACAAAGGUGGUGGCAACCUCUCCAUCCUCCGACUUUUCCGUCUCUUCCGCUUGGUCCGGAUCGCGCGAGUUGGAAGGCUCAUGAGCUCCUGUCGCGAGCUGGUGGUUUUGGUGAAGGGCAUCGGGAUGGGUCUCCGCUCUGUACUGUCUACACUGUUCCUCAUGAUGGUCGUGAUCUACAUUUUUGCGAUCAUCUUCACCCAGCUUUUCCGUGGCAGCCCUGAGGCUGAAGGCUGCUAUGACGGUGUGCUUCAGUCCAUGAACUGUUUGAUGUUGAACGUUGUCUUCCCUGAGCAGCAAGAGUUGAUGGCAAA